AACCGUCCCUUCUGCGGUCCGAGGACGGAGAGCCCGAGAAAGGCGGCUCGUGGCCCGAGUCUAGCGGCAGAGUGGGAGGAGUUUGCCCCGGAGCUCCGUUUGGUGUUUGGAGUUGCUGCUGCCCAGCUUUAUUUUUAACGGGCGAGUCAGCAGGCCCGUCCUUAGCCCUUGUCCAGCAGCCGAACUGAGGAGGAAUGGCUGAGCUGGGAACUCCGUGCAGAAUGGAAUCGUCACGGGCCUGACGGUCCUAGUGAACCCCAGGCUGAAGAGCGCCUCUGCCUUAAACGAGCCCCCUUUUCCCCAGCCGGGGAUGCUUAGACUCCGCCAGGGAGGGGGAUGGCAGUGGCUCUGCGAGACCCCAGAGCUGACUGAUGAGGGGGCCGCUCACCGUCCACCAGUCUCAAAACACGGUACUUUUGAUCAGCAAAAUUCCCAAUUAGUAGCUGGAGAAACCACAGAAUGGCAUAAUUCCAAGGGAGCAUCGCAGAGAAGGAAAUAAGGAACCUGUGAAGGGGGAAAUGACUAGCCCAGGGCCUCACAGUUAACCGGAAAACAAACAAGAAUUCCCCUUUUGUAACUUUAUUCUAAACAGCCUACAGCAGGAUGGAAAGCAGUGACUGGAGUCGGAGCUAGAUACAAUCCCACCAGCGUCCUUUUUUAGCCCUUCUGUUUUAGAAUCGUAGCCGGGGUUAAGUGACUGUCCCAAAGUCACGGAUCUGGGGCCACAUUUGAACCCAGGACCUGGCCUUUCUGGACUAGCUGUCAAUCUACGGAGCCACGAGCUUCCCCUCAGCUUUGGUGAACUUGUAAUCUGCCACGUGAAGGACUGGAGCACGUUGCUGGUGAAGGCAGAGCUGUCCUCUCCCAGGAAGUGGCCGUAAGGAAGGGAUGGACGGCCCAGAAGAGAUGGCAGCCCGGAGCCCCCACCCCAGGCACUACCCGAGCUGCAGUAGCCUCUAGUCCCUUCAGCCCUACUUUUCCCUUGUUUUGGGAUCUCCGAGAAGCCUGCUGGGGAAACCCUUCUUCAGAUCUGGGACCAGGAAAAAGGUUGAAGCGGUCUCAGGUGGCUCCUGUGUAGGGAAGUCCAAGGCGGGAAGGGCUACACCUGCUCAUACGAAUGUGAUCCGCCUUGUUUUGGCUAAAUGAGAACUUCUUUAAAACCGUUGUCACCUGCCUUAGUAUCAGUUCUGUGCUUUGGUUCUAAGGCAGAAAAGCAGUUGGGGCUUUUUGCCCCGUCACACAGCUAGAGAAUGCUUGAAGCCACAUUUGAACCCAGGACCUCCUGUUUCCAGGCCUGGCUCUCUCUGAGCCACCAGCUGCCUCCCAGAGAACAGUUUUUGAAUGAAUAGUUCCUUCUCACUUAGUGGAGCAGGACCUGAUUCCUCCCUGGAAUCAUUCCAAGCAUCUGUAGAGGGCCCGAGUUUGGGGGGAGAGCGGAGAAGAGACCCCCAUACUCCUGGCUCCCCCCGCAACUCCCCCUUCCGAGGCCCAUCCGUCCAGAUACAAUAAUCUGCUAUUUUGUUAGCCGAAUGUUUCCGGUCAGCUGAAUUUUGCUUCAGCCACAAAGAAAGCCCGUCUCCGUAAAGAUAACAGUUCUGAUUGCUUCGGUCCAAAAGCCUUCUCAGCCAGUCCAGGCACCAGUGCCAGCUGCAGUGUUUUCAAACCCCCCCCACCAGAGGACACCAGUACCAAGUGGUUUCCCAUCCGUCCGUAGAACAAUACUAAAGGUGCAGGGCAGGAAUUAUCUCAGGUUUUACAGAUGAGGAAGAGAAGUGAAGUGCUUUACCUUGAAGGCCAUACCUAAUUGAGUUGGAUUGAGAGCUAGGAGCCUCUUGGCUUUCUUCUUUUAACUUUACCUUCAUCUUAGAAUCAAUAUUCUAAGGCCGAGGAGCAGUGGGGGUUAAAUGACUUGUCCAGGGUCACGCAGCUAGAAAGUGCCGGAGGUCAGAUUUGAACCCAGGACCUUCCAUCUCUAGACUUGGCUCUCCGUCCACUGAGUUUUCUGGUGGUUUUUUCUUUGAUGCAGGAUGCUGGUGCAACCCUCUGAAGGGGUUAUGACUUUGGGCAGAACAAGUGGCAGUGAGAGCCACAUGGAAUCUAUUUUAGUCUCUAGAAGACAAGCAACAUGGCAGAAGGACUUUGGGGGCUGGGGCGCUGCCUGACUAAUUUCCCUGGCAUUGAGGAGUAGGGGCAUUUAGUUACCCGGGCAACUUCCCUGCAAGGCACAGACGAUUCCAGAACGAUGUCUUCAUGGUCAUUGGCUUAAGAUGGUUUUUGUGAGUCUACAGCCUUGGAAGAUGGAGUGAGGCACAGAGAAGGGUCUUGAGAUGGAGAAACCAACAUCCAGAGAAGGGAAGAUAAGCACACACACAAUUUAGCUACAAAUCCAGCAGGUGGAUCAUGGCAGAGUUCUCCCAGAAGAGGGGAAAGCACCGAGAUGAAGACCCGUUAAGCAGUGCCGUGGACUUCCUCCUGGCCAAUGCCAGGCUGGUACUAGGUGUGGGUGGUGCUGCUGUCCUGGGUAUUGCGACCCUGGCAGUGAAGCGGCUCAUCGACCGAGCCACGAGCCCGCCCGACACGGAGGACGGCAAAGCCGAGCAGAAGUGCAUCGAGGAGAGCUGGCAGGAGCUGAGUCUGCUCAAGGCUUCCCCCAGACGGCCGAAGCCGCGGCGAGAUGACCUGAGCCAGCCGCGGCCCCCUUCCGCCCAGGCCCCCCGCGCCCCAGAGCCAGACCUGUCCGGAGAGCCUGCGGCCGUGCCUGGGUCCAGAGGCCCCAGCCCCCCCCCACCGCUCUGCCUUACCCUGCAAGAGAGACUCCUCGCCUACUACCAGAGCCACGUGGUGGUGUCCGAGGCCGACGUGGCCCUGGCCACCCGGCUGGCCGGGGACAUCGCCCAGGAGCUCCAGAGUUACCUGCGGGGCCGGUUCCCCGAGCUGCCUUUCGGGGACCUGGCCCCCAGCAGCCCGCUGCACGACGGGCUGGAGGCCGUGGCCGCUGACCGCACGUGCCUGCUGGUGCCCCUGGUGCUGGAGCCCGGCCUGUGGACCUUCAUCCCCGGGGAGGACACCAUCGCCAACGACCCUCACUACUGGGUGAUCCGGAGGACCGAGCUGGAGUACUUCCCGCGAGGGAGCAGCCCCUGGGACCGCUUCCUGGUGGGCGGCUACCUCUCCUCCAGCACCCUCCUCGAGGUGCUGCGCAAGGCCCUGGUGGGCUCCGUGAACUGGCCGGCCAUCGGCAGCAUGAUGGACUGCCUCAUCCGGCCCGGGGUGGCCUCCGACGAGCUCCUGCUGGACGUCCAGCACGAGCAGCUCGAGCUGAGCAUCGCCCUGUUCCCCGCCGCGGCCGGCGAGGCUCGCUCCCUGCUGGCCAGGCCCCGGGAGGGCCUGCUGGAGAACCUGUGGCAGCAGGACUUCUACCAGGCCGAGGCGUCCAAGCUGCGGGAGCUGGACGGCGCGGACUCCGGGGCCCGGCGCGUCUGCCUGCAGCUCCUGCGGGGCGUCUGCAAGCACCACCCCUCCCUGAAGAGGCUGGGCGUGAGCCACCUGGCCCAGGUCAUCCUGCACCUCAGCGAGGCCGAGACGGCCUGGGCCCAGGACGCCCUCGCCGAGCGCUUCCAGCAGGCGAUCGCGGAGCUCGUCGGCUACCUGGAGGAGGGCGCCCUCCCCUGCUACUUCAAUCGGCACGUCAACCUCUUCAGCGGCCUGCAGGAGUGGGAGAUCGACGACAUGGGCUUCGCCCUGUACCGCGCCGUGACGGCCCCCGAGCUCUUGCUCGCCUAGACGCGAGGCAGGCACGCACCGCGGCCCCGAGAGCUCUGAAGCGCGCCUCGCUCCGUCGGGCCAAGGGCAGGUAGAGCCGUCUGGGCUUGUGGCCAGCCGGCACCAGGCGGACGCUCGGGACAAUAAAGGAAGUACUUUCUUAAGCACGCUGAGUGGACGGCUUCUUGGGUGUGGAUCGGAGCCACUCGGGGCUCUCUGCCCGAGAGCUCGCUCAGCCAGACCCGCCUCUCCUCACUCGAUUCCUCUCCCUGGGAAAGACAGCCUCGAGGCUCGGACUGAACAGCCUGUCUCGGGUGGCACCGGACAGAAGAGAUCCUCCUCCCGUCCUGUAACGCCGAUGUACACGCGGCCCCUCGGGGGACCCCAAACUAUGUCACCAGCACUGAACUGACCCCACGGAAAUCCUGGCCAGGGACGGGAGGGGGCCCUUAUUGGCACCAGUUACGGUCCAUUUGUUCCUGGGUGCUGCCCUCCGUUUUCUGGUGACAGUAGAGACGAGCACGGCUUGUCUGACUGGCAGGCAGGGAGUUUAGAGCCUCUGAGCCUCUCUGAAGGAAGUCGGCGCUUUCCUGGGUGGCCGCUCUACGGAAAGGAGCUUUGGCCCGCCCGUGGGAGAUGUCGGCACCUUCCUUCAGACAGAGCUUUCUCGGGGGGGGGGGGGGGUUACGCCGGGAGACAACCCCUAACCAAGCGAGCGGAAGCCUUGGAUGCUGUGUCUCGCCUCGGGGAGAGAGAGGUUUUCUAGUGGCUGCUAUUAGAUGAAUCUGGGUACUGCCGAGCACGCUACAGAAAGGGAGGGUUUUCAGAACGAGGCUGUCUGUGUGCCAAGAUGUAUUGCUCACAGUUCCUGUGCGACUCCUUCCAGUUGGGCAGACUUGGUCUGGGGUCUCCCCCUGCUGGAAGAAGUCCAGUUCUCAAAAGAGUGUGAUGGAGAAUAAAGCAGAAAAAGAACCAA